AAAGCCUAAUAAACAGGAGAGUUAGAGCUAUUUAUUUUUUUACAGCCAAGACAGUGCAGACAAAAUACAUAGCUUAGCAGUCAACCUCUCUAACACUUUAGGAUUUGGAUACUGGACAUAUUUGGUUCUGCUCAAAGGAUGUCAUGCUAAGACAGGGUAAGUCAGCACUAUGCUAUUCUGCAGCAGUAAUGUAGUCUCUCAGGGAGCUUGUGCUUGAUGCGUAGAACCCAGCUAAGCUUUCUGUACCACACUGCCUCGCAGACUGUCUGCCGCUCUACUGAUAGAGGAUCCAGCUGAUGCAUUAGCCAGAGCAUUGCACGUAUGCCCAUUUAUUCUCAGCGUUUAGUGGUGUCAACUUAUUAAUUUCUAUCUUUGACUUCUGGUCCAUUGCUUUCCUGUCUGAAAUCAUCAUCUCUAUUGUCCAUGUGCCUAAAUAAUUAGCAUACAGAUGAGAAGUGAUCUUGUUCCUGAGCCACAGCUGAAGACAUAGAGGAAGAAAAAGGCACGCUGUACAGUGGAAAUUUGAUUGGACGAAUAAAGAGAAAUGGUGGUGGGCGUUCAAAAGCGUUAGAAGAGUUUAGUUGUCAUGGAGCAGGUUUGUCAAUUUUACUAGUGCUUUGCUUUAGAUGGAGAGCCGGGAGGUGUCUGCUGCUAACAUGAUUGUGUGUCAUGGUCUGGCCUAGUUGCUGUGCCUAAAAUUGGACUAUUUAUACCCCAAUAACUUCUCAGAACAACUCUUUGACUCCUCAUCCUCUGUCAUGUCCUGAGCCAGAUGUAAUGCCAAGCCGUGGGCGCACAGGGAUUAAAAAGACAUCAGAAGACUAGAAGGGCUGGACACGCUAGUGGUUCAUUUUCACCUCAAAAAAAGUUCCUGAAAAAGGAUUUUUGGCAAAGAAUAUUGAGAUGCCACCAUCUGAGAAACUCUGCAGCAAAACCUAAGAAAAUGAAUUCAGGAAUUUGAACCACACUCUGAAAUACUCCAACUCUCAAGCCUGGACAUAAGAAGUAACCACAUCCCAAAAUACUUCAGGUGCCGACACCCCACCCACCUGUGGGCAAAGCACUGUCACUUCAGCUUCACCUCCCAGAAAAGACAGGGAAAGUGCAAAUGCUCAGAUGGAGGUGGAAUCAGACGAGAAGCGCCAUCGCACACGCUCCAAAGGUGUUCGAGUGCCAGUGGAACCAGCAAUACAAGAGCUGUUCAGCUGUCCCACUCCUGGCUGUGACGGCAGUGGCCAUGUUAGUGGUAAAUAUGCAAGACAUAGAAGUGUUUAUGGGUGUCCCUUGGCUAAGAAGAGGAAAACACAGGAUAAUAAGCCCCAAGAACCUGCCCCUAAACGAAAACCAUUUCCUGGAAAGGCAGACAACUCCUCAGUAGAUGAAUGCUAUGAGACAGAUGGGACAGAGGACAUGGAUGAGAAGGAAGAGGAGGAAGAGUACUCAGAUGCCAAUGAAGAUCAGGAUGAUGAAGAAGAUGAAGAGAUAGAUAGGGAUGAAGAAGAGGAAAUUGAAGACGAUGAAGAGGAGGAUGAAGAAUAUGGAGAGGAAAUUGAAGACGAUGAGGAAUAUGAGGACUAUGAAGAGGAUGAUGAAGAACAAGGCCUUCAUCCAAUGGACUGCCACAGUUCUCGAAUAUUGCAUGAUACAGAAAAAGAUGAUAAUAACAAUGAUGAAUAUGAUAAUUAUGAUGAACUGGUUGCCAAGUCAUUGUUGAAUCUUGGCAAAAUAGCCGAGGAUGCAGCAUACAGAGCCAGGACAGAGUCUGAAAUGAACAGCAAUACAUCUAAUAGUAUGGAAGAUGAUAGUGACAAAAAUGAGCACGUGGGACGAAAAACUGAGCUAAGUUUAGAUUUGGACAGCGAUGUUGUUAGGGAAACAGUGGAUUCCCUUAAGCUCCUGGCACAAGGACACGGUGUAGUGCUUUCAGAUAACCUCAAUGAGAGACACUUUGUUGACAAUGCAAUGCAGGAAGAUACAAGGAAUAUGAACUAUGUAAUGUUAGGGAAACCUACAAACAAUGGACAUGCUGAGAAAAUGAUAGAGGAGAGUGAUGAGGAGGUAUGCUUGAGCAGUUUGGAAUGCUUGCGCAACCAAUGUUUUGACUUGGCCAGGAAACUUAGCGAAACCAAUUCCCAUGACAGAAGUCAACAGCAACAUAUGAACAUGCGAAUGCACAGACAAGAGGAAGAUUAUUCUGAUCAUACACAUGAUAGGAAUUAUUCCGACAUGAUGAACUUGAUGAGACUUGAAGAACAACUGAGCCCCAGAUCAAGAUCUUUUUCUAGCUGCGCAAAAGAGGAUGAGUGUAUUGAAAGAGAUGAUGACACUACCUCCAUCACCUCAGACAGGUCAGAAGAAGUAUUUGAUAUGACGAAAGGCAACUUGACACUUCUUGAAAAAGCCAUUGCCUUAGAAAGUGAAAGAGCAAAGGCAAUGAGGGAUAAAAUGGCCAUGGAAGCUGGAAGGAGGGAAAGCAUGAGGGACUGCGACGACCAUUCGGUCAGACAUCUCUCAGGGGAAGACAGGAGACUAAAGACCAAUGAUGGUCAUGUCAAAAAGCCAUGCUAUACGAAAGAUCCUUCUAGAACAGAGAAGAAAGAGAGCAAGUGCCCCACUCCUGGAUGUGAUGGGACUGGACACGUGACUGGUUUAUAUCCACAUCACCGGAGUUUAUCAGGGUGCCCGCACAAAGACCGGGUACCUCCAGAAAUUCUUGCCAUGCAUGAAAAUGUUCUAAAGUGCCCUACACCAGGCUGCACCGGGAGAGGCCAUGUGAACAGCAACAGGAACUCUCACAGAAGUCUUUCAGGAUGUCCAAUUGCUGCAGCAGAAAAACUAGCAAAAGCUCAAGAGAAACAUCAGAGCUGUGAUGCUUCCAAAACCAACCAAGCAUCGGAUCGUGUUUUAAGGCCUAUGUGCUUUGUUAAGCAAUUAGAAAUCCCUCAGUAUGGCUACCGGAAUAACGUUUCAACUACCACACCUCGCUCUAACUUGGCCAAAGAGUUGGAGAAAUACUCGAAGACCACAUUUGACUACAAUAACUAUGAAAACCAUGCAUACGGGAAAAGGGCUAUCGCUCCAAAAGUGCAAUCCAGGGAUAUAUCCCCAAAAGGAUAUGAUGCGAAACGUUAUUGUAAGAAUUCCAGCCCAACAAGCAGCACAACAAGCAGCUAUGCCCCCAGCAGCAGCAGUAGCAAUAUGAGCUGUGGCGGAGGAAGCAGCGCCAGCAGCACGUGUAGCAAGAGCAGCUUCGAUUAUACACAUGACAUGGAAGCGGCCCACAUGGCUGCCACAGCCAUCCUCAACCUGUCUACACGUUGCAGAGAGAUGCCUCAGAACCUCUCCACCAAACCUCAAGAUCUCUGCUCCAGGAAUCCUGAUAUUGACGUUGAUGAAAAUGGAACACUGGACCUUAGCAUGAACAAACAGAGCCAUCGAGAUGGUUGCUGCACCAUUCUAACUCCACUGGAACCAAUGUCACCUCAACGGCAGGCAGUGAUGAAUAGCCAGUGUUACCAAAUGAAUGAGGGGGAUUGCUGGGACUUACCAGUAGACUACACUAAAAUGAAACCCAGACGGAUAGAUGAAGAUGAUUCCAAAGAGAUUAAUGUAUGUCGCUUCCCUAUGAAGCAUGAAGACCUUGAUCCAUUCCCUGAUCCUCUUGAGGAACGAAGAUACCCUGGUGAGGUCACAAUUCCAAGCCCUAAGCCCAAAUUCCCUCAGUGUAAGGAAAGCAAAAAGGACUUAAUAACUUUGUCUGGCUGUCCCUUAGCAGAUAAAAGCAUACGAAGCAUGAUGGCUACCAGCUCCCAAGAGCUUAAGUGUCCGACACCUGGUUGUGAUGGCUCUGGACAUAUUACCGGAAAUUAUGCUUCCCAUAGAAGUCUUUCAGGUUGUCCAAGAGCAAAGAAAAGUGGCAUCAAGAUAGCACAAAGCAAGGAGGAUAAAGAAGAUCAAGAACCAAUUAGGUGUCCAGUGCCUGGAUGUGAUGGACAAGGCCACGUCACUGGAAAGUACGCCUCACAUCGUAGUGCUUCUGGGUGUCCGCUAGCAGCUAAGAGACAGAAAGAUGGCUAUUUAAAUGGAUCUCAAUUCUCCUGGAAAUCUGGAAAGACAGAGGGCAUGUCAUGUCCCACUCCUGGAUGUGAUGGCUCUGGACAUAUCAGUGGUAGUUUUCUUACACAUCGCAGAAAUAAAGAAGAUCUAUCAUAUUUUCCAAGUUUAUCGGGGUGCCCAAGAGCAACUUCAGCUAUGAAAAAGGCCAGAUUAUCGGGAGAAGAAAUGCUCACAAUAAAACAGCGGGCAACCAAUGGUAUUGAAAAUGAUGAAGAAAUAAAACAACUGGAUGAAGAAAUCAAAGAGCUAAACGAAUCCAAUUCCCAGAUGGAGUCUGACAUGAUUAAACUCAGAACUCAGGUACUGGACGAGCGCCCUGUUGCUUGCCAAGAACCCUGUGUUGAUGAAUACCAAUUUCAUAUUACCACCAUGGAGAGCAACCUGAAGACAAUUGAGGAAGAGAAUAAAGCAAUCGAACAGCAAAAUGAGUCUCUUCUUCAUGAGCUGGCCAAUCUGAGCCAGUCUUUAAUUAACAGUCUAGCUAAUAUCCAGCUGCCCCACAUGGAUCCAAUCAACGAACAGAAUUUUGAUGCCUAUGUGACCACUUUGACGGACAUGUACACAAACCAAGAUCGUUACCAGAGUCCGGAAAAUAAGGCGCUGCUGGAAAACAUAAAGCAAGCUGUGCGAGGGAUACAAGUCUGAGCAGUUGUGUUAUGAGGAAGGUUCUGCUUGAAAAAAAAAAAAAAUCAAUAAAUACGGUUGCCUCUUAUUUUCUGCUGCUGUAAUUUACCUAAAAGUGUUAUAUAUCUAUUUCAUUUUGAAACAGUGUUAUGCUUACAAGACUUCAUGAUGAUUUUAUGUCUUGCUUUCAAAAAUAGUAACUGCUGAAUAGUUUUUGAAUACAUACACAUUUUGUACGUUUUCAUAAAAGCUGACAUUGUGUGAGAUGCCAUGUAAUGUUUAUAGCUGCUAAUGUAUGCACAUUUUUUGAGGUAAAUAUAUUUCUGAACAAAAAGGUAAGCCGAUGAAGAGAAUCAUAGUGUAGAUUUUUUUAUGCUUCGGUGCAUCAAUGUUUUAGUAUUUUGAACUGAAUAAGACAAAACAGCUUUGAAAGAUACUGUAUCCUGCACCCACUUUCUAGACAUUUUCCUUCGGCCUCGGGGCUGUGGGGAUUUUAUGAGGUUUGAGAAAUACACUCGGUGCACGUAUUGUUUCACAACAAGAAUUGAUGUGAAAUGCUUUAUUUUUUAACGAUGCUUAAAAUAUAAGCUGGGACUUUUGGUUUCAGUGGUCGGCGCGUGGCUGGGGUGAAAUAAAUGAGUUUUUUUUAACUCCAUGGAAAGGACGUUGGAUAGUUGUAAAUUACAAAAAAAAAAAGGUUACAUGGCUGAAAAACAACAUCAAAGCUCUGAAAAACUUGCGUGGAGAAUCAAAGCAGCUUGAAAGCACUUUUCAUUCAUUACAUGAUCUAAAAUGGAAGCUCCCAUUGUCAACAGGAACUGUCUCAGAACACAAGCGGACAAUGAGAGGAUUCCUACUGAUAUUUUUCAAAUAAACUUUGGAGAAAUAGCCACUAAAUCACCCUUUCACUCCAGAAUCAAUUAAUUUUCCCUCCAAACUGGUAGUAAAAUGCCCUUGUAUUGGAUUCCUGCAUUUUUGAUUGAGGAUCAAAGACACUAUUUUUAAUACAUUUUUUAGUUUUUCAUGCUUCUUUCAUUUAUUAGGGGAUUACAGUCAACACAAAAAACGAUCCCUGGAAAAAAAUGUAACGGUAAAUUUAAAAAAAAAAAAAAGUUGUAAAAGUUAAACUUCAACUCAUUCCUUUAUUUAAUGGAACCAUUAAUUUAAUAUUUUAUUUAUUAUUUUUACAUUUUAUUUAUUGUUUUGAUGUUUUAAUUUUGAAAAUGAUAUGGGAUUGUCGUUCAGUCGUUCUUGUGAAACUUCUGUUCCAUUUCCGAAUAUCAGAUGGCACUUACUUCUUUUAACGUUCUCAUUUGAAAUGAAGAUUUUUUUUUUCUGUAUCGUUUCUUUUUCUUCCAAACGACUGCACUAUAUGUAUGCAUAUGACCACUUUUAAAGUCAUGUCAGAAGAUGUAUUGUGUUUUUAAGGAUGUCAAUUACUUUCAAAAAUGGCAUAUCUUUUUUCCUUCCAUGUCUUGAUGUUAUGCAGAAAGUACAAUGUACUUUAGAAUUUUGCUAUGAAUAAAAAAAAAAAAAAAGAUGGUUUUUAAAAAAAGAAAAUUAAAAAAAAAUAUUUUUAGCAGAAUAGGACUUACAGGGUCAUUGUCCCCACAAUGUGCCAGUUGACGUUUUGCACUUACCUUGUCCUAUAUAUCCAUAAUAUACGGAGGUGUGCAAUUUUUUGUGUCAAUAGCCUUGUGACACUAACUCUGAACAAAUUCUACUAAAAGCCAUUACGGCUGUCUCAAUAAUAUCGCUAAGGGAGGUUACAGGGAUAUGAGAACAAAUAUUCUAAUACAAUACUCAACCUCGGUAUAUAUAUGUAUAAAUAAAUGUAUAUCCCAGCAGCACUUUAUACUAUUCACUGUACAAAAGCUUACAGUUUUCCAUAAGGACUUUCAUAACUAGCUGGGAAAAGAUUAUGUAAUUACCUUGGGCUUUGCAGUACCUUCUCUGUAAAGAACCAUCUUUCUGUUGUGCUAGUAGGUGUAGCUGCCAUGCUCAGAAAUGCCUUUUCAAAAAGCUGACGCAAGGUGCUUGAUGUUAACCUUUUGCCAUAUACAUGUUGUACAUUGCCCUAAACCUCUUUAGGGCUAUCAUUGUUAAUAAUGGCAUCGGCCUUUUUCCACUGCAUUGUGUCUGCAGCUUCUUUGCCAAUAUAGUAAUGCUUUCAGUAGAGUAAUAGUAUCAGUUUGGAAUAUUAUUGUUAUCACCUAUGUACAAUGGAAAGGGAUUUUAAGCACAAACCUGCUGCUCAUCUAACGGUGGUACAUAAUACGGAAUCAAAAUUUAUCUGUGACUAUUAUAUAGGGAUCACAAAAGUGUCACAUAUUAGAAUGCUGACCUUUCAUAUGGAAUUAUUGUGAGUCAUCGAAAUUUAUUUAUUAUAACUUAUUGUUCAUAUUCAUUUCUAAUUUAAUUUAAGUAAUCAUUUAUUAAGACAAAAUUUUGUAUAAACUAUUUAUUGUGCUCUCUGUGGAACUGAAGUUUGAUUUAUUUUUGUACUACACGGCAUGGAUUCGUUGACGACAUUUUAAUUUUGCGAUAAAUGUGUGGAAUCACAAGUUGCAGUGAUACUUCAUUUUUAAAUUGUGAACUUUGUACAAAUUUUGUCAUGCUGGAUGUUAACACAUCUUACUCUAAAUAAAAAAACAAAAUGUGUUGCCACAUUUGUAGCUCA